AUAAAGCCCAGUCCGGUUCAGACUUCAGCCACAUUUUCCCUGCUCCUGCGCACAGCACAGCUCCAUGGCCCAGUGUGGGACGUCGGUGGCCGCCGCCGCCCUGACACUGCUCUUGCUGCUCCUGCCACCAAACCUUGCUUGGUACAAGCCUGCGGCGGGACCCCAGCACUACUCGGUGGGCCGCGCCGCGGGGCUGCUGUCUAACUUCCACAGGUUCCCGUCCCCGCGACGCUCCGAGUCCCCAGCACUCCCUGACGGAAUUGGACCCCUACGCUUGGAGAUGCGCUCUAGCCUAAGGAGCCUUGCCCUGUGUGUCAAAGAGGUGACCCCGAACCUGCAGAGCUGCCGGCGGCAAUUCAACAGCCCAGGGACUUUGCAGUGUAAAGCGGACGUCUUCUUAUCGCUGCAGGAGGCUGAAUGCCAACAGCCUGAGCCCUGAACCCCCCAUGUCCAGCCUUGCUUGAAGCAGCGCAGGCCCUGUCAUGUGGGUUGGCGCCCGUGACCCCUAACUCCUACCAUGCCCCACAGCAAAUGGCUAACUGAAUAAAGAA